UUAGUGUUAUCAUACUGGAGUGGAGUGGAAAGAAGAGCAUCGAGGCAGAAGCCGGGCAGUAAAGACCACAGAGACAGUGGUCUUCAUUGGACAGUGAAGUACUCUACUCGCACCAGACCACCGCUUCCCGGCCAUGUCCGACUCGGGGGAUGAUUCGUACGAGGACCACAACGGCACGUCCAACUCGCUGAGUCCACGGACGCCGCCGAACUGCGCCCGGUGCCGCAACCACGGGCUCCAGAUCGGGCUGAAGGCCCACAAACGGUACUGCAAGUAUCGCCAAUGCAACUGUGAAAAGUGCUGCCUGACGGCCGAGCGGCAGCGCGUGAUGGCGCUGCAGACGGCCUUGCGCCGUGUCCAAACCCAGGACGAGCGGUAUCUUAACGAGGGCGAGGUGCUACCCGACCCGGUAGGUAGCCUGCACUGUUACAUAGUACCCAUGCUGUCGGAACUGAAGGAGCUAAAGCAUAAUAUGGUUCAUAAUUCUCAGCCAAGAUCGUUUGAUAGCGACUCGUCCAACGGGUCGUUGGCGUCCACACCGGAAACAUCCAGCAUGGUGCUGCACGCGCGAUCCCCGGACAUCCCACACCAUCCGGCUGAAGUGCAGCAUCUCGGAGACGACGAGCUGGUCAAGCGAGCCCAAUGGUUGCUGGAGAAGCUGAGUUACCCCUGGGAGAUGAUGCCCCUCAUGUACGUCAUACUGAAGAGCGCUAAUGGCGAUGUACAAAAGGCGCAGCAGCGAAUCGACGAAGGUCAGGCCGUGGUCAACGAAUAUUCACGAUUGCACAAUUUGAACAUGUUUGAUGGUGUGGAGUUGCGCAUCGAUCCAGUCUUACCGGCUGCGACAGCCAGAACGGCGAACGGACAGAACGGAAGUCGUUCUCGGUACCCUAACGAUGCCUAAUCGGAAGCCAUUGGUUGUGGGAAUAAUUAAAACAUUCCUACUUGAAACAAGCGAUGGAAACACUGCGCCCAAACGAACUGGCCAUAUGGUCGUUGCCAGGUUGCUCCCAGGAAAUUUUGUAUCAUUUAUCAUUUUGCAUAUUAAAUCGGUUUUUCGUCCCCUACGGUAGAGCCAUUUUUCUAUGGUCCCGGCUCCUGGAACACUCGCAGCCCAUGGUAGCCGAAUUCCCAGAAUAUCCUAGAUUGAGUGUACUCCCCAGCCACUUGGUCGGAUGGUCCCAUAAGGGUUCUUAGACGCGUUAGGAUUUUAAAUGUUAUCGAGAUGAUGCGCGACUAGGGCUUGUCGCGGGACCAACAAGCCCGCACGUAAAAUAUAAAACGUUACUGCGAACACAAAAAGACUAUCAAAUACCCGGACCUACGAUGAAAGGUUUACACUAGCAAACAGGACACCGAUUGUGAAACUAGGCUUAUGAAACGUGCGCAUUUUGAACGGGGGCCCAGAGGCAACUCGAUGAGACCCUGGCCGUGAACCAGGAAAUCGACAUGGAAAUGGAUCUUGUAGCAUUGCAGGAAAUGUGCUUGCCUUGGAAGUACUAAUGCAACGGACCAGCUGGGCGGGAACGAAACGGAAAGUUGGUUACUUAACUUUCAGAGGACCUUUUCAACACACAGAAAUUCUUUCAAAUUUUUACACCAAGUUUUGUCUUAUUUUAGCAAAGAAGUUGUAAUCAAAAUUCCGUAAAUUGAAUAAAGCAACAACAUUCGAAAAUCAACAACCAUUCCCAACCUGCAAUUAAACGC